AUGCCUCUUGAAGAUGAAUUGCAUCACAAGCCUCAAGCGGAAACUGCGGGCGAACAGCACGCUGGUGAAGACCAAGGCGACUACACAACACACUCAGAGGUUAUGGGCUGGUGCCUGUACUCGUGGGCGGCAGAGCCAUUCAUCGUGAGCGCUGUGUCCACGUACGUUCCCCUACUGCUGGAGCAGUUUGCCAGGGAGAACGGCGUGAGACUCGAUGAUCACUCCAAGCCGUGUAUCCAUAAGGAGCCAAUCGACGUGACACCAUUGCCUCCUCCUCCGGACUCAACGUUGCCGGAGACGUUGAUGUUAUUCAAGAGAAGAGAGCACGUCCAGUACAUCGACACGUCGUCGUAUGCGCUGUAUACGUUUUCCAUCUCCGUGGCCAUCCAGACGCUGGUGGUGAUCUCCAUGUCCGGGGCGGCUGAUAGGGGCCAUUAUAGGAAGCAGCUGCUGUUGAUGUUUGGCGUUGUUGGUGCCAUUGUCACCAUGCUGUUCCGGCUGAUCUCCAGCGAGCGGUACUACCUGUCCUCGCUGUUUGCCAUCGUGGCAAACAGCUGCUUCGGAGCAGUGAACGUGUGUGGCAACUCGUUUCUGCCGAUACUGGUUUCGAACUUGAAGCCGCCAUCAAGCUCCAGGGACAGCGUUGUGUCCAAUGGUAACCAGUUCACCAAGAUCUCAGGCCUGGGUGCAGCUUCAGGGUACAUAUCUGCACUUAUAGUGCAGAUCAUGACGAUGCUGAUCGUCAUCAAGACAGGCUCCACCACGCUAUCGAUCCAGACGGCGAUCUUUGUCGUUGGUCUCUGGUGGUUUGUCUUCCAGUUGCCCCUUGCAAUGCUGUUGAAGUCACGUCCAGGACCAACGCUGGUGCUGAAGCCGGAUCAGAACGCAUUGCUACAGUACGUCAGGUACGGGUGGCACACGCUGUUCGUCUCUAUUAAGCAUGCCUCCAUGCUGAGAGACGUUUUGAUAUACCUGCUGGGCUGGUUCAUCGUCAGCGACUCCGUGGUGACGAUCAAUUCUGCUGCUGUGCUGUUUGCACGCUCAGAGCUGUUGAUGUCGACCCCGAAGCUUGUCAUUGUCGGUAUUUUAUCGGUGCUCUUUGCCAUCUUUGGAAGCCUGACGGUGCCAUAUAUACAGAGGCUGUUCAAGAUAACACCCAAGGGGAGCCUGCUAUGCGUCAUCGUUGGUGCCAGUGUCAUCCCAUUCUACGGGAUUCUGGGCUUCUACUUCUAUGGUAUUGGUCUCAAGCACGAGUGGGAGAUGUACAUGCUAGCAGUGUGGUAUGGGUUCAUUCUCGGUGCGCUCGCCACGGUCUCACGCUCAUUGUUUGCAAUGCUGAUACCAAAGGGCAAGGAGUCAACCUUCUUCAGUCUUUUCAGCGUCACGGACAAGGGCUCGUCGAUCCUGGGGCCAACGAUAACUGCGCUGAUUACAGAUAAGACCCAUAACAUUAGGUACUGUUUCUACUUUCUGUUCCUGUUGCUCAUCAUUGCAUUACCGAUAUAUGCCAUGCUCGACGUCGAACGAGGACGACAGGAGGCUCUGGAGCUGGAAACAGUGGAUGAAGAUGAAUGA